GUGAACGUACACGAAUAUCAAGCAAAACAGAUUCUAGAAGCGCAUGGAGUCAACGUUCAACGCGGUGAGGUAGCAUCAACCGCCGAUGAAGCUGAAGCGAUUGCUCGCGAACUGGAUUGUCCACUGUAUAUCGUCAAGGCGCAGAUCCACGCGGGCGGACGGGGCAAAGGUGGUGGCGUUAAACUGGCGAAAAGCCUCGAAGAGGUUAAGCAACAUGCUGAAGCGAUUCUCGAGACGGGACCUGAAGGAAAGCUAGUCCGCAAGGUAUUGGUUGCUGAAGCUAGUGAUAUUGAGAGAGAGCUUUAUCUCGGUAUGGUAGUUGAUCGCACUGACUCUCGGCUUGUCAUAAUGGGAAGCGAAGAAGGUGGUGUGGAUAUUGAAGAGGUCGCCGCGACUCGUCCCGAAAAGAUUCUCAAGCAAACCAUCGAUCCAGCGAUUGGCUUGCCUCCCUUUCAGGCGCGGAAACUCGCCUAUGACUUGAAUAUCCCCCGCGAAUUGGUCAACAAGGCUGCUGACCUGAUGAUCGGCUUAUAUAAUGCCUUUGUCGAUUCUGAUUGCUCACUCGCCGAGAUUAAUCCACUCGCCAUCACGAAAACCGGUGACGGGCAGGAUAUUGUUGCUCUCGAUGCAAAACUCAACUUCGAUGACAACGCGCUCUGGCAGCAUGGGGCAAUUAGCGCAAUGCGAGAUCCGCACGAAGAGGAUGCCCGUGAACUUGAAGCGGGAGAAUCGGGCUUGAGCUAUAUCAGUCUUGACGGAAAUAUUGGGUGCAUGGUAAACGGAGCGGGGCUUGCGAUGGCGACGAUGGAUCUCAUCCAACUCCACGGCGGUGAACCCGCAAAUUUCCUUGAUGUCGGUGGGGGAGCGACGACAGAAACCGUUACCCACGCUUUCCGUCUCAUCCUCGCAGACGAAAAAGUGCAGGCGGUCCUCGUCAACAUCUUCGGCGGUAUCAUGCAGUGUGAUGUGAUUGCGAACGGGAUUAUUGAGGCAGUCGAGCAGGUGGAUUUGACAGUUCCGUUGGUUGUGCGCUUGGAAGGGACGAAUGUGGAGUUGGGGAAGCAGAUUCUCGCCGAUUCCGGUUUGAAUCUGAUCGCUGCUGAUGGGCUUUCGGAGGCAGCGCAGAAAGCGGUGCAAGCGGUGGUACAGUGA